UGCAAAAUGGCGGCGAAUGCAAGUACAAACACAGCCGUCUUCGAAUGCCCAUCAUGGGCAGGAAAACCUCCACCCGGACUCCAUCUGGAUGUGGUUAAAGGAGACAAAUUAAUAGAGAAGCUGAUCAUUGAUGAGAAGAAGUUCUAUCUGUUCGGGAGGAACCCCGACCACUGUGACUUUACGAUAGACCACCAGUCGUGCUCGCGUGUGCAUGCGGCGCUGGUUUACCACAGACACCUCAAAAGGGUGUUUCUCAUCGACCUCAACAGCACCCAUGGAACAUUUCUGGGCAGAAUUCGCCUCGAGCCCCAGAAACCUCAGCAGGUGCCGAUCGAUUCGACCAUGUCGUUCGGUGCGUCCACACGCGUGUACACGCUGAGAGAGAAACCACAGACGCAGAGCAGCUCCAGCACAGGAGACAGUAAAGGAGUGGAGGAUGAGGAACUGAAGGGGCUGCUGGGACUGCCAGAGGAAGAGACCGAACUCGAGAACCUGACAGAGUUCAACACGGCUCAUAACAAACGCAUUUCUACACUCACCAUUGAAGAGGGAAACCUGGAAAUCCAGAGACCCAAGAGGAAGAGGAGAAGCUCACGAGUGUCGUUCAGUGAAGAAGAGGAGAUCAUAAACCCAGAGGACGUGGAUCCAUCUGUAGGACGCUUCAGAAAUAUGGUGCAGACAGCUGUGGUUCCUAUUAAGAAGAAGAAACUAGAAGGCCAUAGUACGUUGGGAUUGGAGGAAAGUGUAGCACGCCGGUUACAAAGCUUCCCCCUGAGCGCAGGGCUCUACGGUGACCUGCCGCCCACCAGCCACGAGGCAGCAGGACAGGGUGGCGGAGGCCAGGGAGGCUCGUCAGCCAUCAUGGGCGGGAUGCCCCUACCCUUCCCCAACCCCGCCCCAGAGGUGGAUCUCUCACCCACGACGGUGCAGCCCCCCGCUAUGCUGAACCCCACACCCGCUCCUGGACCCUAUACGGCCGAGCCGCUCAACGAGCCACGCAAGAAGAAAUACGCCAAGGAGGCUUGGCCUGGGAAAAAGCCCACCCCCUCCUUACUGAUUUAACAUGCGGCUUUACUACACAACAAAACAGACUCAGCCAAACUAUGACAGAUUUGAAGAUUACGUUUUGGAGUUCGUUUGAAGUUAUUGUUUCCGAACUUCAUAUUUCUGAAACAUACAUCAAAUACAUAACGCUACCUGAUACAGCUUGAGGAUUUGUCACAUGGUUUGCUCAUUUUGAGAAGCUGUGGCGUCUGAAGUUGACACUAGAAACUGUGGUUGUAUCUGUUGGGGAAAGUGAAUAUCACAAAGAAAUAUUUGGUUCAUAUUUCACCCCAAAACUGGAAGGAAAAAAAAAUCUGGUAACACUUUACAAUAAGGUUCAUUAGUUAACAUUAGUUUAGCAAUAAGCUCUGUGAAGCCGUGGUUUACAGUGAAUGUAUAACAGCUUAGGCACAAACCCUCUUAGCUGUUAUAAAUUCACUGUAAACCACGGCUUCUUGGGGCUUAUUGCUUUUAUAAAACGGUUAUUCCCUAUACGUAGUAAGGUUUCACAAAAUAAAACCGAGCAAAUAAAGUGUAAUUUCAUUACUAAAAACCGUAUUCUUCCACCUAACAGUGUAGUUCCACACACAAAAGUAAACAAAAGUGCAAAAGUGUAUUUAGAGUAAUUUACAACAGCUUAGAAUGCGGCUCAACCAAUCAGAAUCAAGGAGCGGAACUAUCCGUUUAGUUAAUGUGAACAAAGAAUGAACAAAAGUUCUACAGCAUUUAUUAGUCUUAGUUAAUGUUAAUUUCAGUGUUUACUAAUGCAUUAUUAAAAUCACAAGUUGUGCUGUGAACUAACAUGAACUAACAAUGAACAACUGUAUUUUCAUUAACUAACAUUAACAUUAACAAAUACUGUAAUAAAUCUAUUGUUUAUUGUUUUGUCAUAUUAGUUAAUACAUUAACUAAUGUGCACAAACCACACCUUAUUUUAAAGUGUUACCAAAAAUCCAAAAUGAAAUUAUAUUUUGCAUAAGAAAAUUAAGCUUAUGAACUAUUAUUUUUUAUAUUAUUAUUUUCUUCUUCUUUUUCUUCUUCUUUUAUUUAUUUAUUUAUUUAUUUAUUAUUACUAUUUUUGCUUUAUGACAGUAUUUUCAUGACAAGAGUACACAUUAAUGUAAUAAAAAUCUGGUUAGUAAUUAAUAUUUAUUAUUAUUUAAUUGUAUAUCAUUGAUAAAAAUGAUGAAAGGAGUACAACAACUAAGAUGAUGUUUUUUUUUUCCAUUAGUGAGAAUGCGUAUUGUUAUGAAUGUCAUAAUGCAAAGAAAUGAAAUCUUGGUAACACUUUACAAAAAGGUCUUAUUAGUUAACAUUAGUUAAUACAUUAGCUAAUAUUAACUAACAACGAGCAAUGCAUUCGUUAGAGUAUUUAUUAAUCUUUGCUAAGUAUAGUUAAAAAUACUGUUCAUUGUUAGGUCAUGUUCAUGUUUAACUUAAUCGAAAUAACAUGCUGUGUAAGUGUUUUUAUUGUUAUUUCACAUUAACUAAUGUAGGUAACUGUGAGCAGAAGAAAUCUUAUUGUAAAGUGUUACCUUAUUGUUCUUAUUGUAUAUCUUAUUGUUAAAGUGAAAUCUUAACGGUUUUGAUUUUUCAUUUUCUUAAUGCUAAAUAUAAUAACCUGGAUAUGUUCUGGAUAUGUUAUAUUUUUUUAUGAGUUUCCCCCUGAAAAUGUGGAAUUUCAUGAUUAAUAACACCUUAUGUUACAGGUUGAUUGUUUCAGGUUUUUUUUCUGAGAUGAACGUCAGCCAACUACAGACUGAAAGCUUGGACCGUAUUCAGUAGAUGUGAGUAGGUGGUUUGGGUAAAUGCAUUCUCACUUACAUUAAACACACAAGCUUGUUGUUUUCUGCAUUUUACCAGUAACAUGUAUUUAAUACAUAGAUUUUGCUUUUUUUUGAAAGCCUGAGAGCUCAUGUACAGCUGUACUUUCACGUAAAUUUGUUUUUAAAAAGACGUUUUCGUAUUGCGUAUUUUAAGUACAAAGCAAACCAAAUGUUACAUUACUAAUCGUAAUGCUCUAGGAAAUAAAUCUGUAAGUCUGAGCUGCGUGUUUAAUCUGUUUCACUGUUUUCAUGAGGCAGACUGUAUUAUAGGAAAUUCUGAAAUGUUUGGGAAUACUGUGGCUGUGAAUGUUGGUUUAUAGAGGGAAAUGCAAACUCAGCAUCAAACACUGAAAAGAGGACAUUGAUUUUUGUCAUCUGAAAGCAGGGAGUUGCCUUGUAAUGUGAACUUUUGUUAACGUUUUUAUAUAUUUUUUAUAUCUGAAUGCGAUGGACUUGUGAGUGAAAGCACAGAUGAAAAGACUAAACGUGAAAGGAAUUAUUGUUGGAUUAUUUGUCUAAUAAACAGUAUUCCUUGCCCUUAA